GGCGCGAAGAGACUGAGAGAGAGCCACAAGAAUGUCGAAACUCCGGGACGUUCGAAGACCGCCACUUCCACAAACCAAGCGACACCACGACAACAACAACAACAACAACACCCCUAAACCAACAACAAACACCAUCACACUAAUCAGCUCGUGCAACUUUUCGUUUCCCACUCUAAAUCUUCAUCCUCCUGGAUGACAAAUCGGACCCACACUCGUUCAAGCUAAAUGGAUUGCCAUUCCUAUACGCCACGACCUCUACGUUUCUGGGUUUGAAUCGAUCAGGAUGAGCAAGCCAGUGACCAUUGUUGUUGGUUCUCAUGUCUGGGUGGAGAACGCGGAAUUAAUUUGGACUGAUGGAGAAGUACUAAAGAUUAAUGGAGAGGAAGCUGAGAUUAGAACUAGCGAUGAGAAUACGGUUACUGCAAAGGUGUCAAAGUUACACCCGAAAGAUACAGAAAUUCCUGCUGGUGGAGUUGAUGACAUGACUAAGUUAUCAUAUUUGCAUGAACCUGGAGUGCUUCACAAUUUGGCAACCAGAUAUGAAAUCAGUGAAAUUUAUACUUACACUGGAAACAUUCUCAUUGCCGUCAAUCCAUUUCAAACUCUUUCACAUCUGUAUGAUGCUUCUAUGAUGAAAAAGUACAGUGGAGUGCCAUUUGGAGAACUUAGCCCCCAUGUUUUUGCAAUAGCUGAUGCUGCAUACAGGGAAAUGGUUAAUGAGGGAAAGAGCAACUCUAUUCUGGUUAGCGGUGAAAGCGGAGCUGGUAAGACUGAAACAACUAAAAUGCUAAUGCGCUACCUUGCCUACUUGGGUGGCAAUGCUGCAGCUGAAGGACGGACUGUUGAACAACAAGUUUUAGAAUCAAAUCCAGUUCUUGAAGCAUUUGGUAAUGCCAAGACUGUUAAAAAUAACAAUUCCAGCCGCUUUGGGAAGUUUGUUGAGAUUCAAUUUGAUAAUCGUGGUAGAAUAUCAGGGGCAGCCAUCAGGACUUAUCUCCUAGAGAGAUCUCGUGUUUGCCAAAUAUCUGAUUUUGAGCGUAACUAUCACUGUUUUUAUCUCCUGUGUGCUGCUCCGGAGAAGGAGAGAGAGAAAUAUAAGUUGGUGGAUCCUCGAUCAUAUCACUAUCUUAAUCAAUCAAGUUGCUAUGAAUUGGUUGAUAUCGAUGAUGCUCAGUUUUAUCUCUCUACUAGGAGAGCCAUGACUGUUAUUGGAAUAAGCGAAGUAGAACAGGAAGCUAUUUUCAGAGUUGUGGCAGCAAUUCUUCAUCUUGGAAAUAUUGAUUUUGCCAAUGGGGAAGAUCAUGAUUCAUCCGUCAUAAAAGAUGAUCAAUCCCUUUUUCAUCUUCAAAUGGCAGCAGAACUUCUCAUGUGUAAUCCUCGAGCACUGGAAGAUGCACUCUGUAAGCGUGUAAUGAUUACCCCAGAAGAAAUUAUUAAAAGAAGUCUUGAUCCACUUGGUGCAACAGUUAGCAGAGAUGGUUUAGCCAAGACAAUUUAUUCUCAAUUGUUCAACUGGUUGGUGGAUAAAAUCAAUGUCUCAAUUGGGCAAGACCCUAGCUCAAAAUGUUUGAUUGGGGUCCUUGAUAUAUAUGGUUUUGAAAGCUUCAAAACUAAUAGUUUUGAGCAGUUUUGUAUUAAUUACACGAAUGAAAAGCUGCAACAACAUUUCAACAAGCAUGUCUUCAAGACGGAACAAGAGGAAUAUACCAAAGAGGAAAUUGACUGGAGCUACAUAGAAUUUGUUGAUAACAAAGAUGUCCUAGAUCUCAUUGAACAGAAAAAAGGUGGGAUCAUUGCUCUACUUGAUGAAGCCUGUAUGUUUCCGAAAUCAACUCAUGAAACAUUUUCAACAAAGCUUUAUCAGACAUUUAAAAAUAAUAAACGCUUCAUCAAGCCAAAGCUGACCCGGUCAGAUUUCACCGUUGUUCAUUACGCAGGAGAAGUACAAUAUCAAUCCGAUCAAUUUUUAGACAAAAAUAAAGAUUAUGUUGUUCCUGAACAUCGAGAUUUGUUGAGUGCUUCAAAAUGCCCCUUUGUAGAGGGUCUUUUCCCUCCGGUUUCUGAGGAGGCAGCCAAAUCUUCGAAGUUCUCAUCUAUCAGUUCGCGGUUUAGGCUACAACUGCAACAAUUGAUGGAAACUCUAAAUUCUACAGAGCCCCACUACAUAAGAUGUAUAAAGCCAAAUAAUCUCUUAAAACCUGCAGUAUUUGAGAAUGUCAGUGUCAUCCAGCAACUACGUUCUGGUGGUGUUUUAGAGGCAGUCAGAAUAAAAUGUGCUGGAUUCCCUACUUACAGGAAUUUUUCGGAAUUUUUAACUCGUUUUCGUAUCCUGGCACCAGAGGUCUUGAAAAUUGAGUGUCCUGAAAAUGAAGCCUGUAAAAAGAUUUUGGAGAAGAUGGGGCUUAAAGAUUAUCAGAUAGGGAAAACAAAGGUUUUUUUAAGAGUUGGUCAGAUGGCUGUGCUUGAUGCACAGAGAACACUCAUGCAUGGCAACUCAGCGAAGGUGAUUCAAACACAGGGCAGAACUCUUGUUACUCGUAAAAAGUUUGUUAGUGCACAGAUGGCUUCUAUUUGCAUACAAUCAGUUUGUAGAGGAGAAUUGGCUCGCAAGUUAUAUAAGCUGAAGAAACAGGAGUUUGCCGCCGUUAAAAUUCAGAAGACUUCACGUAAACGCCUGGCGAGAAAAGAUUAUCUCAGAAUGAUCUUCUCUUCAGUUCUCUUACAAGCACAUCUACGGGCAAUGGUUGCUCGUGAUGAUUUUAAAUCCAAGCGUUUGGCAGCAGUUAUUAUUCAGUCAGGUUUACGUGCAAUGGCUGCUCGUGAUGAUCUUAGAUAUAAAGUAGAAGCGGCAGUUGUUAUUCAGACAGGUUUAAGGGCAAUUGCUGCUCAUGGUGCCUAUAGAAAAAGAGCAAAAUCCAGGGCAGCAGUUAUUACUCAGACUGACUUGGAAGAACCAAAGGAAAAAGAAGCAACAAAGUCGGAGGCCUCUAAGCAAGCUAAAACUGACUUGGAAGAAGCAAAAGUAGAAGAGGCAACAAAGUUGGAGUCCUCUGUGAAAGAUAAGAAUGGCCCUAAAGAAGCAAAAGGAGAAGAGUCAACAAAGUUGGAGUCCUCUCUGAAAGUUGAUGAAAAAAGUGUGUUGGUUGAGAGUCGGGCUGCAGCAAUAGAAAUUGACAAAACAUCCCCUAUGAUCCAAAAACUUCCAGGUCCAGAUCAAGAUGCUGACAUAAUUAAGAUUCUUACUGCAGAAGUCGAAAAUUUGAAGGUCAUGUUGCAAGCAGAAAAACAGAGAGCUAAUGAGUUUGAAGGGAGAUAUCUAGAAGCCCGGGUAUCAAGUGAGCAAGGACAUAAAAAAUUAGAGGAGACUGAAAGAAUAGUACAUCAACUUCAGGACUCUUUGAACAGGAUGAUAUAUUGCAUGUCGAACCAAGUUUCGGAGCUCAAAACAAUAUUGUGUACUGCAUCAAAAUCAAGUUCAACUUCUGGGCCUCUUGUUAGACACGAAGGAGUUGAUAGCAUUUCCAGUAACUCUGAAUGUUCAUCCACUGACUCAGAAUUUAAUUUUCCAGCUCCAGUUUCAACUUCAACUAACAUUUCUUCCCCAGGCCCCAAUUCUGUCCCACUUAUAGUUCAGGACGUUUCUGCUGGAGAAGUUUCAGGAUGUGAAAGUAAGAACAAUGAAAAGGUGAGGAAGGAGGGCGCUUUUGAUGACUUCUUCUGAUGGAGCUUGCACUAAUAACUUUUUCUUUCUUUCUUGCUUGCUUAGACACGGGUUUCGUAAACGUCAUACUUUUGGCAUUGUAUAUACGACACCAGACUUGAACAUAUCGUCCCAUACGCUUCAUACAAGACGAUACAUGGACAAAGUUCUCUCAGGAAGCUGUAGGUCAAAUUAGUCAGGUAGUGUUAGCAAAGGGUCAAAUGUAAUUAGUUGUAGAGUAGUACUUAGUCUGAGCUCAUUCACUAACAUCCUUUGUGAUAUAAAAACCCUCUUAGUUAAGUUCAUUUUUCCUCUA